UUCAUCAAAAAAUUUUUCUUCGGUUGCUGUCUCCAGGCAAAAAAUCCGUCGUAGUUGGGAAAGUACAGACGGACGUAACCUGGCAUCCCUCCUACGAGGCACAGUUUGGAUCUUUGAUCACGCCACUUCGCAUCACUACAGUGGCAUUUUGGUACUUACGUUGAAAACCAAGGGUAUUUGCAACAGCCUUUAGCGUCACUUGCAUCAGCAUUCAACAAUUAGCUACCUCUUUUCUCCGGUGUCUUUCUCACUUUCCUAUCUCGUCUGCUCCUUUAUUGCUCUGUCUUUCGAGAACAAUUACCACACGCCUUACCAUGCUCCAGUAACUCAGAAAAGAAGAGGAAGAAGAAAAAAAAUCUUAAAGAGUAAAAAUCUGAUAAAACGAGGGGAGAUGUGGCGCUGCGUUUCUCGUAGCCUUCGAGUUCCAUAUUCGAAGAGGUCGGUCUCAAAUGACUCUCUUAGAUCUCACAUUUCCAGAUUCUUCUCCACCGAUGCUGGUGAAGCACCUUAUACGAUUUGGCCACAAAAAGAAUCCCCUUACACAAUAGUGGAUCACACAUAUGAUGCAGUCGUGGUUGGUGCUGGUGGUGCGGGGCUGAGAGCGGCCAUCGGUCUUUCGGAGCAUGGGUUCAAUACUGCCUGCAUUACUAAGCUCUUCCCAACUCGUUCGCAUACCGUUGCAGCUCAGGGUGGUAUAAAUGCUGCUUUAGGAAAUAUGACUGAAGAUGACUGGCGAUGGCACAUGUAUGACACAGUUAAAGGAAGUGAUUGGUUAGGUGAUCAGGAUUCGAUUCAAUAUAUGUGCAGGGAGGCACCAAAAGCUGUGAUUGAACUUGAGAAUUAUGGGCUGCCUUUUUCUCGAACAGAAGAUGGGAAAAUAUAUCAGCGUGCAUUUGGUGGUCAAAGCCUUGACUUUGGAAAAGGUGGACAGGCUUAUCGUUGUGCAUGUGCUGCUGAUCGAACCGGGCAUGCUCUAUUGCACACUCUUUAUGGCCAAGCUAUGAAACAUAAUACCCAAUUCUUUGUGGAAUAUUUUGCUUUGGAUCUAUUGAUGCAUAGUGAUGGGAGCUGCCAGGGAGUGAUAGCUUUGAACAUGGAGGAUGGAACUCUACAUCGAUUCCAUGCUGCUUCCACAAUUCUGGCCACUGGGGGAUAUGGUAGGGCCUACUUUUCUGCAACCUCAGCUCACACAUGCACUGGUGAUGGCAAUGCUAUGGUUGCUCGUGCUGGGCUUCCACUCCAGGAUUUGGAGUUUGUGCAAUUUCACCCAACUGGAAUCUAUAGAGCUGGGUGCCUCAUCACUGAAGGGUCUCGUGGUGAAGGUGGUAUUCUUAGAAAUAGUGAAGGUGAACGCUUUAUGGAACGGUAUGCCCCUACAGCCAAGGAUCUUGCUUCAAGGGAUGUUGUUUCAAGAUCUAUGACCAUGGAAAUAAGGGAAGGUCGUGGUGUAGGACCUUUGAAGGAUCAUAUCUAUCUCCACUUGAAUCACUUACCCCCAGAGGUGCUCAAGGAGAGGCUUCCAGGUAUCUCUGAGACUGCUGCCAUUUUUGCUGGUGUGGAUGUUACAAAGGAGCCCAUCCCUGUCUUGCCUACUGUACAUUAUAAUAUGGGUGGAAUUCCCACAAAUCACCAUGGAGAGGUUGUUACUGUCAGAGGCAGUGAUCCAGAUUCUGUGGUUCCUGGACUGAUGGCUGCUGGAGAGGCAGCCUGUGCAUCAGUUCAUGGUGCCAAUCGUUUGGGAGCAAACUCCCUUCUUGAUAUUGUUGUCUUUGGUCGCGCUUGUGCAAACAGAGUUGCCGAGGUCCAUAGACCAGGGGAGAAGCAGAAACCUUUGGAAAAGGAUGCUGGGGAGAAAACAGUUGAAUGGCUGGACAAAAUAAGAAAUUCAAAUGGUUCUAUUCCAACUUCAAAAAUUCGACUGAAUAUGCAACGAGUAAUGCAAAACAAUGCUGCUGUUUUCCGUACACAGGAAACCCUAGAAGAAGGUUGUCAGUUAAUUGAUAAGGCAUGGGAAAGUUUCCAUGAUGUUCAGUUGAAGGAUCGAAGUUUAAUAUGGAACUCUGAUUUGAUAGAGACUAUCGAGUUGGAAAAUCUUUUGAUAAAUGCCUGUAUCACCAUGCAUUCUGCUGAAGCUAGAAAAGAGAGCAGAGGAGCACAUGCCCGUGAAGAUUUUACAAAAAGAGAUGAUCAGAACUGGAUGAAGCACACAUUAGGCUAUUGGGAGAACGAGAAGGUGCGACUGGAUUACCGGCCAGUUCACAUGAACACAUUAGAUGAUGAGGUUGAGUCUUUCCCACCGAAAGCCCGUGUGUAUUAAUUCAUUUCAUGUGCCCUUCGAGAAGGGAUUAUAUGGGCUUUACGCAAAUGUUUACGACGAUGCAACAAGUGAGCCCGAAUAAGUGAUGGGGAACAAGGAUCCAAUAAACUAUUUGUACGUACAGCAUGUCGGCAAUAUUUGUGCCAUUCAUCAAUCUUGGAACUUUUGUGAUUGAAAGAAUCGAGUUUCAAUCAACCAGAAUUAUGUUUUUGCCUUGGUCAGCAAUCUAAGUUUUAAUUCCUUCUAUUUGUUUGCCGAGACGUAAAUACCUUAUGUAGCUAGCUUCCAUUCCCCAUAGCUCUCCAAUCCCUUCUUUAAACAAAACCACCCAAGGAGGAAAUCAGCACCCUGUCAUCAUCUUCCAGAAUCUAGGCAUCAAUUGGGCUUCAAAGAAACGUGGGUUUUUGUGGUUGGAGCACACUUUGUGUCCAUUGUGUAAUUUGGGCCAUUUCUGUUGGCAGGUUUUGAGAUCCAUUCUACUGCAGAGUACAUAUAAAAUCCACAACUUGAACAGAAAAUGGGUUUAUUUAGCA